AUGCUUCUGAGAGCCAGGGAUGACUCAACUUUGGAAAGCUGCAGAUUUUGUCCAGGAGCUAGACCAUUUGGAAAGCUUGCACAUAGCCACCCAGAAAGCAAGUUGGUGCAGACACUGGCCACAUCCUUGUGUGCCAAGUUGCAAGCAUCCAAGGAAUGGACAAGCACCACCAUCAUCCAAGUCCUGGAGAAGCUCGACCAAGCCAGCUUGCCCAAUGAUUUGAAGAAGACAAUCCAAGAUGCCAUUGACCAAAUAGACUUGGCUGGCACUGGCCACUUGAAGACAGUCAUUGCAGGCCAGCACAUUGAAGGCUUUAGCCACUAUGUGUCCAAGGAGGAUUGGGCCAGGAUGGACCAAGCACCAGCCAACACAGUGCAUACCAAGCACCAGCCAACACAGUGCAUGUCCAUUAUUGCCUCCAGGUUGAGAUCCAUGGGGUUUGUUUCCUUGAAGGAAGCUACCAAGGUGGAAGCCAUGUCUGUGGUGUUCUUUUGUUUGGUCCACAAAGGCCAACAACCACAGCCAUCCCCACAAACCAGGUAUGCCUUGGUGGAAGAGUUUGCUGCUGUGUUUGCCAAGACUCCACCAGGCACAGUGCCAAGUGCGAACAGAUUCCCAGCCAGCCCAGCUAAACUUGGAAAGGCAUGGCUAGACCAAGUCUAUGGUGCGGAUGAGCCAGCCAUGGUGUCCAUUGCUGGUGGCUGGAAAAGCAUGGUGAUUUGCAGAAAAGGAAACAAACUUCUGCAGGGAAGCCAAGUUUCUCCCAACCAUGCUGCACAGCCCUUGCCUGCCACCAAUGGAGAAGCCAAAGUCUUUGGCUUGCUUAGCCAGCUGCUGGACAGAUUUGCACCACAGGAGCCCUAG